UGUCAUAUACACAUUACACAUUCCUACGUAGUACGACGAAACAUCUGUAAAGUUACUCUUUUGUGAAUAACGCAAUUAUUUUACAAAAUGUUAGACCUAUUCAGCAUCUUUAGUAAAGGAGGUAUAGUGCUGUGGUGUUUCCAGAGUACAAGUGAAAUUUUUUCGCCGUCGGUGAACGCUCUAAUUCGCAGUGUGAUAUUACAAGAGCGUUCAGGCAACAAUACAUUCAACCAUAAUGCCUUAACACUGCAAUACAAACUCGACAAUGAGUUUGAGCUGGUGUUUGUGGUGGCGUACCAGCGUAUACUGCAGCUAUCAUAUGUGGACAAGUUCCUCAAUGAUGUCCACCUGGAGUUUAGGGACAAGUAUAAGAAUGAGCUGCAGGGGGCCCGGCAUAUCAUGGAUUUCGAUUUCAAGAUGUCAUUUGAUAAAGUUUUGAGGGAUUGCGAAAAAUGGGCUAAGUCACAAGCUAAGAUUCCAAAACUAAUGAGAUCAUUUGAAGACUCGCAGAAGUCUAAAAAGACUGUAGCUUCUAUGAUAGAACGCAGGGGAGGGGAGGAAAAGGGCAAGAAAUCAGUUAAAAUAGUAGAAAAUAAGAACAUGACCAAUGGCAAGGUGGAGGAAUCUCCCGAGCCGGAAGACGAUGUGAUCGCUAUGAACAGAGCCAAGCUGGCUCAGAAACUGGCCUCUAAAGGCAAGAAGGAGUUACCUAAGAAGUCACCAAAGAGUCCGAAGGUGGAGCGCGUGAAGCAGCCGCGCGUGUGGGAGCUCGGCGGCAACACGCGCGACCUGCCCUCACUGGACUUCAGUACGGACAAGGCGGAGGACGCCAACAACGAGGUCACACCCGACACACAGUUGAUCGGUCAAAUGACGGGCGCUAUCCGAGACCUGGAGGUGGAGUCCGAGGAGAGCAGCGAUGAGGAGGAGGUGGAACACCAGAGUGCGCCCGCGGCCAAGAAGAGCGGAGGAAUGUUCAGCAUAUUCAAGGGGCUGGUGGGCUCGAAGGCCCUGACGGAGGAGACGAUGCGUCCGGUGCUGGACAAGCUGCAGGACCACCUCAUCGGGAAGAACGUCGCCGCGGAGAUAGCCACCAAGCUGUGUGACUCCGUCGCUACCAAGCUGGAGGGAAAGGUUCUAGGCACAUUCGACAGCGUGGCUAAGACAGUGAAGCAGACUUUGACGGACUCGCUGGUGCAGAUCCUGUCUCCGAAGCGCCGCGUCGACAUCCUGAGGGACUGUCUGCACGCCAAGCAGGAGGGGAGACCUUAUGUUAUGGCCUUCUGUGGGGUGAACGGCGUCGGCAAAUCGACGAACCUAGCAAAGAUCUGCUUCUGGUUGAUCGAGAACGACCUGUCGGUCCUGAUCGCGGCGUGCGACACGUUCCGCGCGGGAGCGGUCGAGCAGCUGCGGACACACGCGCGGCACCUCACCGCGCUGCACCCGCCCGCCGCGCAUCGCGGCAGGGGCAUGGUCACGCUGUACGAGAAGGGAUACGGCAAAGACGCAGCCGGCAUCGCAAUGGAAGCCAUCCGCUUCGCGUCCGACUCCAAGAUCGACGUAGUACUCAUAGACACGGCCGGCCGCAUGCAGGACAACGAGCCUCUCAUGCGAGCCCUCGCCAAACUCAUCAAGGUCAACGACCCCGACCUCGUACUGUUCGUAGGCGAGGCCCUCGUAGGCAACGAGGCCGUCGACCAACUAGUCAAGUUCAACCAAGCCUUAGCCGACCACAGCUCCUCAAACAACCCGCACGUCAUAGACGGUAUAGUUCUAACCAAGUUUGAUACUAUUGACGAUAAAGUCGGUGCAGCGAUCUCUAUGACGUACAUCACUGGCCAGCCUAUAGUUUUUGUCGGCACAGGACAAACGUACACAGACUUGAAAGCCUUGAAUGCGAAUGCGGUCGUUCAUGCACUUAUGAAGUAAGUGUCGGUAUUUGUGUGUGCUGUUGCUAUGGCAACGAAGGAUCAUCUUGUAAAACAUUUCGUACAUUGAUAGACAAAACAGUUGAAUAAAUGAAUACUGUUUGUUGAUACUGACUAUACUGAGUGAUGAUUACAAUCGUAUUGUUUCUAUAUCUUUUGUAUUCCGUUUUAUGUGUUAAGUAUGUGCAAUCAUGUUAUUAUUUUGAGGCAAUACUGUGCCAUAUUAUUUACCUUAUUCUUUUCUAGUAUUAAUUUUCUCUAUGAAAAUAUCGUUUGAAUGUUAAAUAUCAAACUCAAUGUUCAAUUUUUAUUCUAUAAGCCAUGGUGUUAGGGUAUACGGUAUUUCUGAAUUGAAGGUUUUGUUUUGAACCUUUAAAUUGAUUGAUUUCAAAAUGGUUAACAGCACACACACUACAUAUGAUGUACCUUCCCAUAAAUAUUGUAAUUUGUUAUUUCGACUCCACCUGCGUUCGAAUAGUCGAAGGUUUUGUUCACAAAUAAAUGUUUAUUUU